GGGGCGCCGUAGGCAUCAGGUGACCGGGUCCCGGAGGAGUCACGUGACCUCCAGGGGCACCCGGCCAGGACAUGGCAGCCACCAAGCCGCUGUCCCGCUUCUGGGAGUGGGGGAAGAACAUCGUGUGCGUGGGUAGGAACUACGCGGACCACGUCAAGGAGAUGCAGAGCGUGGUGCUGAGCGAGCCGGUGCUCUUCCUGAAGCCGUCCACAGCCUACGUCCGCGAGGGUUCGGCCAUCCUCAUGCCGGCCUACAGCCGCAACCUGCACCACGAGCUCGAGCUGGGCGUAGUGAUGGGCAGGCGCGGCCGCGCCGUCCCGGAGGCCGCGGCCAUGGACUACGUGGCCGGCUAUGCCCUGUGUCUGGACAUGACCGCCAGAGACGUGCAGGACGAGUGCAAGAAGAAGGGGUUGCCCUGGACGCUGGCCAAGAGCUUCACCGCCUCUUGCCCGGUCAGCGCUUUCGUGCCCAAAGAGAAGAUCCCGGACCCUCACAACCUGAAGCUCUGGCUCAAGGUCAACGGCGAACUCAGGCAGGAGGGUGAGACAUCCUCCAUGAUCUUUUCCAUCCCCUACAUUAUUAGCUACGUUUCUCAGAUAAUGACCUUGGAAGAAGGAGAUAUUAUCUUGACCGGGACGCCGAAGGGAGUCGGACCCGUUAAAGAAAACGAUGAGAUCCAGGCUGGCAUACACGGGGUCGUCAGUAUGAGAUUUAAGGUGGAAAAGCCAGAGUAUUGACUUACUAAGUUUUAGGAGAGAAGGGAGCUGGACAGAAGCAAGCAAAGGUUGUUAAAUGUGACAAUCCUUUAAUAGACUGUUUUGUUUGCGGUAAGAAACUAAUUCUUAAAUAUGAUUUAAUUGGAUUGUUAUGACUUAAGGAAGAUGGACCCUUCAAGGAAAAUGUGAUCUAGAAAAGCUGGGCCAGAAAUGGAAAGAAGAUUGUCUUUUAGGAAACAACCAAAUUAAGUUUUUGUGAAGCUUCCAAAGCGGAGAAUUUAUCAAAACAAAUGUUCAGAAGACUUCCUUUCCUUUCCUAAAACUGGACUGGAUAAGACUUUUCAUUAGGGGGUGCCUAGGUGGCUCAGUCCAUUAAGCAUCUGCCUUUGCCUCAGGU